ACACCGAUUUCACCUCCCAGUAAUACCUCAAGAAAAGGCAGCUUAAAAAGGAAACCAAAUGGGGUUUGCAAAAAGAGACUAAUCAGUAAUUAUGUAUCUUUGCAAGAAGUGAAAUUAACUAAAAACAAACUUCUUGAAGCAGCAAUUGAAUUGUGCACAGUUAAUGGAAGGCCAUUUACAAUCUUGAAAGAUUCGGGAAUGAAAAAAAUUUUAAAUCCAAUUUUAGAGGCGAUGCCAGAAAAAUUCAAUUUAACUCCUGAAUCUUUGCCUCAACUCAUUAGAGAGCAAGCUUCAAAAGUCAGGGAAGAAACAAAAAGUUUGUUCAAGAAGAAAAUGUUUUCUUUAAAAAUGGACGCUGUAACAAGACUAGAUAGAGGAUAUUUGGGAGUAAACAUUCAAAGGGUGGUUGGGAAAAAAAUUGUUAUCCGCACUUUAGGUUGUAUUGUACUGCUCGAACAACACACUGCUCAGUAUAUCUACGACGAACUUGCUAAAUUGUUGGUUUUGUAUGAUCUGACGCUAGAUCAAAUUUAUUCGUGUACCUAUGACAAUGGUAGGAAUAUGGUCAGAGCUGGAAAAAUUAUUGACCAGGAGGCCGUUGAUAUGAUAUUUGAGGAUAUGACACAAGAAAAAAUUACAAAUAAUGAUCAAUUUGAAUCCAAUACCGAGAGUAGUGUUCAAGGUGUUAUGGAGAUGCUAGGUUCUUUGUACGUUAUAUGCGAUGAUGUGAAAUUGGGUGUCCAUGAAAUAAGAUGUAUGGCUCAUACUUUGCAACUUGCAAUUGAAGGUGCAAUGAAGGAAAUGAUGAGAGAACAAGAUGAUUCUGACCGAGAAGUACUGAGUAGAGUGAGAGAGUUAAUAAAAAAACUUCGGACUCCGAGAGGCCAAAAGAUGAUUAGCGACUAUAAUUUAGCCAGUGAUGAGAGAUUAACAGCACCUGUACUUGAUGUCCCUACAAGGUGGUGCUCUACCUAUGACAUGCUUGAAUCAUGUUUAAAAUUCAAAGCAUUUUGCAGCUCUAAUAAGUGUAUCUUGUGGUUGGAUUCUGAUUUUUUGUUAAGUGACGAUGAAUUUGCGUUGAUCGAAAAACUUGUGGAAGUUCUAAAGCAUCCAAAAGUCGCAACAUUAAAAUUGCAAGCUGAACAGAGCACCACCAACGCAGAUGACAUCAUGGUUGUAAGGGCAAACACGUUGUACAAACGCCAGGAAACAGAGUGA